GAUGUUGCUGAACGUCGUCCGGUGCCGUGAAUCGCGUAAAGUCAAAAAAUAAACACGGGCACCCGUUCCUGUGAUCGUUCCGUCGAAUUAUUUGGACGCUCGACGAAAUGGACAUUUGCAUUGUGUCAGUUGCGUAUAGGGAGAUGGAUUGAACGACGACUUCAAGACUCGUCCGAUGUUGAUCGCCGUCUUCCGAGCGAGUGGGCGUUCGUCGACAAUCGCGGUCACGACGAGAAAGACAAUUGACACUUGAUCCCGUGCGCGAAGAGACCAUUUCCUGCGAGUGCCGUAUACGUCAACGCGGGAGAAGAGCAGCGUGUCGGAAGUCUCCAUUGGAGUUGUGGUAUUUUGAUUCCCAGUGUAUCCUAGAGAAGACGCCCUUGGUUUCCCUCGUGCAAGCUUAGCAACUUUCCUCAAGGUAGUAAAUCAGGAUAGACUAUUUACAAGUGUUACGGAGACUAGAGUUCUCAAAACAACAAAUCUCGUUUAGGGUAGAUAGUAAAAAUUGGGAUAUCGCGUGUAGAGGUUAGGUUGACGCUCUUAGGGUUAGGAAUGACCGCAGCGUGUGGCAAAACCUCGCCGAGGAGGAGAGUCGCGUAGUGUCCUGCGAGUGUCUCUGUUCACUUCUCGCUCAGGGAACACGACGUUCAGAUUCAUCGAGCGGCGAAAUCGACGUGGAAACAUGUACACGUUCAAACCGUUCGUGUUCUCCAAACAUAAGGCGAACGGGCCGGAGCAGCCGAAGGCUCGGAGCGGCCACCGGAUCGCGUGCGACCAUCGGAACCUGUACUCGUACGGCGGCUUCAAUCCAUGUGUGGCCGACACCGAUCCGGAUAUGCGUGACGAUCAGACGUGGGUUGCCAGCAAGCCACUCUUCAAGGAGCUGUGGCGCUUCAACCUAGUCAGCGAACGCUGGAAGCGUCUGCCCGGUCAAGAGAACAUGCCGAAUGAACUGGCGUCGAACGCGGUCAUACUGCGUGGCAACGCGCUGAUGGUGUAUGGCGGUACUGGCGUACCUUUCGGCGAGAGCUGCAGCAAUCAGCUGUAUGUCUGCAAUGUGGACGACGGCGCGAUGAAAAUCGUGCCAGCUACGGGCGAGCUGCCUGAACCCCAGUAUGGACAGGCGCUGGUAUGCCAUGGUUCCUACCUCUAUACAGUCGGUGGUACUACCGGUUAUGAAUACACCUGUGACAUUCAUCGAUUUGAUCUGAAAAAAGGCAUCUGGGAGGUGGUGUACAUUUGCUCGGGUAGAGACGAGUCAGAGCCACAUGGAAGAUAUAGGCAUGAACUUGCUUUUGAUGGCAAGAUGAUCUAUGUCCUGGGUGGUGGUACUUCAUCAGAAUCUUAUGGCUUCUCAGAAAUACCAGCGUUUGACUUGAAGACCAACAGUUGGAGGACUUUGAGCACGCAUGGCGAUACUGAAGAGGCUAUGGUACCGGCGCCACGACGUUGUCACGGUUCCGUUCAGUACACAGACGAGAAGACCGGUGCCACCUCGGUUGUCAUAUCGGGCGGCUACAACGGCGAGUGGGUGUUUUCUGACGUUUGGCGGCUUGACCUCGGUACGCUGCAAUGGACGCGACUGAGAGAAUGCAUUCUACCGCGUCCGGUGUACUUUCACUCGGCUGCGCUGACUCCGGAGGGUUGCAUGUAUAUAUUCGGCGGUAUAGUCAAAAUGAACAACAAGGUGCAGAGAACAAAUGCGGUUCACUCCGCUUGGCUGACAAUUCCUAAAUUGUCCGAGAUCUGUUGGCAAGCGUUAAAUCAUUAUUAUCCGUACUUGAAGAAUAGUUCAUCGGACAAGUUGCUUCACAUGGGGAUACCAUUAAAAUUUCUCAUCAUGAAGGGGUUGAUUGAAAAAGGACGCAGUCCCGGAAGGAAAAAGACAUCCUGAUCAAGAAUCUGAGGGAACGGUUUCGUCUAGGCUCCACUUCUCUGAUUCGAGCGGCUGUCUCCAAAAUUGCAAAGGAUGAUCGUCAAUCUUUGUCGCGAAGCCGGCACAUGAAGAAGAGGCGUUUCAUACUUUUAACUCAAUAAUUUUUGUAAUAAUUUAAAAAAGUUUUAAAUAGAUAAUGUAUAUCUUUUUAUUUUCUUUUUUGUACUUUUUUUUCUUGAAUCAUUUUAUACUUCGUUUUAAAUAAAUGUUACUCCGUGUACUAUCUAUUAAGAUGUAACCUCCAUAUGUGACUUCUUCAUUGCUCGGACUUAGAAUUAAACUUUAUGGACAAAUGACCUUAAUUGUUUUGAGCAUUGUAUCACGCGUCGUAAUUAUGCAAUAGAUUCUCGGUGCUGUAUACUUAAGACGUUAGCUGUACAUUUUAGCUAAUACUAAUUGAAAAGAGAGAGAGAGAAAGAGAAUGUAAUUGUAAAUAAAAAAAUUGAGGAACACAAAGGAAUCGAAA